AGUUAUUGCGGCGUUUGAUGACGUUUGUUGUCUGAAGCACAAACCCGCGUGAAAAUGCUGUUCUACUCGUUCUUUAAGUCUUUGGUAGGCAAAGAUGUUGUGGUGGAGCUCAAGAAUGACUUAAGCAUAUGUGGAACGUUACACUCCGUAGAUCAGUAUCUGAACAUCAAACUGACAGAUAUCAGUGUCACGGAUCCAGAGAAAUAUCCCCAUAUGUUGUCAGUGAAAAACUGCUUCAUCCGUGGGUCAGUGGUGCGGUAUGUUCAGCUUCCUGCAGAUGAGGUGGACACACAGCUGUUACAGGACGCCGCACGCAAAGAAGCUAUGCAACAGAAGCAAUGAUGUGUCCAUACUGGGAAUAGUUUUCUUUUUGUUCACAGUUAUUUUUGUUGAACUGUUAAAAAGUAAUCGGUGGUGCAUUGUAGAUUAAAAAUCUUUUUCUUACCUGAAACUGUAUGUAAAUGUGUAACCUGUGAUUCUUUUGUAUGUUUUUUGCCUUUUUGAGGCAUAAGUCCUGUAAUGAGAGGCUGUGAGAUUUUCUUUGGUUGUAUGAUUUUAAUGAUUGUUUUGAAAGGUUCUGCGCUCCACUGAACUGACUAGGUUGUAUUUUUGUUAAGUUCUACAGAAAUGCAGGAAUAAAAAUGUUUCUACCAUUGUGUCUAUGA